AUGAUGAUGAUGAUGAUGAUGAUGAUGAUGAUGAUGAUGAUGAUGAUGAUGAUGAUGAUGAUGAUGAUGAUGAUGAUGAUGAUGAUGAUGAUGAUGAUGAUGAUGAUGAUGAUGAUGAUGAUGAUGAUGAUGAUGAUGAUGAUGAUGAUGAUGAUGAUGAUGAUGAUGAUGAUGAUGAUGAUGAUGAUGAUGAUGAUGAUGAUGAUGAUGAUGAUGAUGAUGAUGAUGAUGAUGAUGAUGAUGAUGAUGAUGAUGAUGAUGAUGAUGAUGAUGAUGAUGAUGAUGAUGAUGAUGAUGAUGAUGAUGAUGAUGAUGAUGAUGAUGAUGAUGAUGAUGAUGAUGAUGAUGAUGAUGAUGAUGAUGAUGAUGAUGAUGAUGAUGAUGAUGAUGAUGAUGAUGAUGAUGAUGAUGAUGAUGAUGAUGAUGAUGAUGAUGAUGAUGAUGAUGAUGAUGAUGAUGAUGUAA